AUGACAACAGACGAACUGUGCCCAGCCACUGACGAGAAGCUAACAGAGGAUAUUGAGGCAACGGAACUCAACGACGAAGGAGGACUUGAUGACAGCGACGUACUUAUGGCAGACUUGACCGCGCAUGUCAUGAAGAAACCCGGGAGAAACCACUGUUAUACUGAACGCACACUACAGGCGGGGCUUUCAUCCUGUGCCGAAGCCGAGGGCAAUCUACCUGAACUUGCAGAAGUCUUGGCAACAGAUGCACAGAGAAAGAGCCGGCGAGAAAGAAAGCCCAAUCGGUUGUAUACCGGUUGGUGGAGGCACGCGAAUGACCAAGACCAGGACUUGAGCUUGAAUGCCGAGAAUGGGAUGGAUUCAGAGAUUGUUGGUCUAGCCUCGCAAACCAGGACCGAGACCAAGAAUCAGUCGCAAAAAGGAAGGGAAGGUAAAAAGAACGCACCAAAGCGGUUCUAA